AAUGAGGAAUAAAGAUGAAAAGGGUUUAGCUGAACUUAAGCCCAUCAGUCUUACCGAGGAAGAAAGAAGAAAAUAUCCUAUUCCACCCGACGGCUACGUACCGAAUUCUGCUAUUCGUAAGGCGUUUAGCUGGAAUGAUAUAAGUCAACUUGAAAAAGAAGAUAAAUCGGAAAUUUGGCAGCCUCCACCUCUACCUCCGUUGUCUGAUUUUGAAAAGGACUAUUUAAGAUCGAAGCAUGUUACAAUAGAAAAAAAGACUGCAGCAGCAAAAAUUGUAGAAACUGCAAUUGCAGUUGAACCCAUCGGGAGAUCUAAUAGUGAAAUUACUACAGAGGAUGUCGACCUAGACUUUGCUGAUCAAGAUAUAAUAAAGAAUACACCCACUCCUAAUUUAUCUAAAGAAUCUACACGUGUUUCGGUGGAAAAAUCUACAAAAUACACUAGAGAGUAUGACGAUGAAGAGUUAGAGGCUAUAUGGAAAGAACGAAGAAAGAAAGUAUUAGAGGAAAGAGCUAACAGGAAAAAGUUACCCCUCUAUAAGCCACCUUCUCCUAGAACAUUGAGAUUAAGAGAAAUCGAUAGAAUUUUAGAAAAAUAUAAAGGAAAGAAUUUAACUCUUCCCAAAGUACAACUUGGUGAUGAUUUAUGGGGUAAAGGGACAAAAUCUGGUAAAAGGGAUUCCAUUAACGAGGAUAAAAAAUCUGAGCUACCUGAAAUAUUUCAAAGAAUUUUAAAGGAAAGAUGGUUUAUGAGAAAUGUUCCCAAUAACCCUGAAAGUAUAAUUAGAGCUAUGAUAGAAAUAACACGAAAUUGCAACGACCAUUCCCACAAAGCUAUAUGCAACUAUCUAAUCGAAAUUAAUGAAAAUUUCGGAUACCCCCCUGAACUUUUGCAAUUAAUUCUUACUGAAUUGACAGACCAGUUAAACCAUCCGUCACACGAGAGGAAGCAAAAUACUAUUAAAGUCUUAGAGGCUUUCGGGAUGGAACGGAAGCUGGCUUUAGCUGAAGUGUUACCCAAAACUCCUAGUUCCACUAAUUCCAAUGUUUCCACGGAAAUUCCCUCAAAAAAGACCUCCCAAACACUUAAUUCUGUUGAUAAAAAUCAGUCAAUGGAUGGAAAAAAAUCUAUAAAUAGUACUGAUAAAACAUUAAAAAAGGGUCGAGAAAUAGCUUCUUCAUUAAAGAAUGAUAUUAGUUUACCAAAAAUUAACAAUAAAAAGAAUGGCAUAAGUCUAAUGCAAGGAACAGCAGAAAAGAAACGAUUAGACCCUAUAAACGCUGAUCAGGAAAACUAUAAAGAUUCCCCCACAAAAUUAAAAGAUAAAAAUAAACGAUAUAACAAAAAGAGCUCGUUAGUCGUAUCCCAGGAAAAUGAGGCAAAACAUUCUUUAAUGAAUAAAAAGAAAGAAAAGAAAAGAAAAGGAUGGAAAAAAAUAAAAGAAAUUCUUGGAAAUUCAACCAAGCUAGAUGAGAUUUUAGAGAGUAUCGACUUCAAAACCGGGGAUGAGAAGAUAUUGUUAGAAGAGAUUCUAACCAAAUUGUCUGAAGGAGAUGAAAAGAAUAUGGAUGAUUUAGGAUUAAUUGAAGAUAUGCCUGAAUUAUUAAAAAAUCCUCAACAACUUCAAGAGGUAAUGGAAAAAAUAAAAGAACGUAAAAGUACUAAAAAGAUAAAGAAUCAUAAAAAAGAUGAAGAUGUACUUAAUGAUACUUUGACUACGAAUUCAACGGACUCUUCAAAAUCUACAUUCAAACUAUCUAAUUCAACAUCUCAAAAGAAUUUACACUUAAAUUCCAGAGAACAGAAUAAUAAUGAAAGGGAUUUUUAUUUAUCUGAGUCAUCUUCUGACUUCAAUGAAGGUUAUUCUAACUCUGAUGAUUUGCCUAAUUUAAAUUUUAUUGAAUCACCAAAUGCACACCUAACCGUUGAUUUAAAAAGUGUGUUAUCCAAAAGUGUUUAUAUAGACACCCAGUUAGAUGAAUCUUAUAUUAGUCAAGAAUCUAUCGAAAUAACUAGUGAAUCUGAGGAUUUAGAGCUGAAGAGGUGUAAAGGUACAAAGAGUUCAAAGAGAACGGAUAGAGAAAGAUAUUCUGUGAAUAGUUUAAGCGUUAAACGGGAAAAGAUAAUUUCUCCAGAGUCCAUAAUUUUACAUAACAUCGACUUGCAUCCUCUGCCAGAAGUUGGGAAAUUUCACAGACAAACAGCCAAUAUUGAAGAAGAUAUUCAGCAUAAGGGUUUGACAGUAUCUAUAUUAAGUCCACCACCAACCAUUCUCUGUCAAGAGAAUGAUCAAACUAAAAUUACAUCCAACUGCGAAAAAAAAUCGGAUAAUGAACCAUUAAAGUUAAACAUCAAAGAAACCAUAGAAAAUGAAAGAUAUAUUACAGAGUUAACAGAAUCCAAUGUUUUAGAAGAAACUUUUCAAAAGGAAUCUAAAACCGCAAAUAGUGGCUCGAAGAAGGUCAAAUCAAAGGCGGAGAAGAGAGUAAAUAAUACAUCAACUUUUAAUUUAUCUGAAAGGCAAACUCCCCUGGAUAGAGACGAAACAUCAAACUCCUUAAAUGUUCUACAAGUUGAUAUUACAACAACACCAAUGAAGAAUCUGACAGAAGAAGAAAAAGCGGCCGAACUUCCUAUGUUAAACAAUGAUGAAAAAAUAGAAAAUAGUAUAUCUCCGUUAAAAAGUGAAGGAAUUAACAUGUCAACGCCCUCUCCAUCAGUCCUACAUUGCUAUGACACAAAUUUAAAGACGGAUUACCCACAAGGUUUUGAAGUUAUUAAAAUUCAUCAAAUUUUAAAAUGUGUAAUCUUGAAUAGUUUAAUCAGAAUAAAGAUCGAUAUAAAAGACAACACAGAUCAUAAGAUUGAAGAUAAAGUUUCCAUUGAGGAAAGAAAAGAUAAAAUGACUAAUGCAACUAAGAGAAUUGAUCAAAUUUAUGAUAAUCAAAUAAAACCAGUAGAUGUCUUUAUUGAAACAGAUUGGAAGAAAUCUUUAGCUUCAUUAAGUAAUUUUAAAGUUAUAAAGAGUGAAGUUCCACCAUAUAAGCCUAGGCAGAUAACACCCAGAGAAGGUGAAUUACCCGACAUCAAAAAUGCAGACAUGGGUAUGCGGUACUUGAAAAAAGUAGAAUUUGAAAAUAUCCAAGAGGUUGAGGUCAAGAAACAUGUUGUGGAAAGUAUGCCUGGCAGGCAUGGUAUCCAUGCGAAUACGGAGGAGGGAACAUCAAAAUACGGUUUGCUGGCCUUGCAUUGGCGUUCAGGAAAAGUUAAUCAAGAAGGGGUUUCUCCUAGAGGCCCUAAAGGAAAAGUCCCCUCACAGCUAGAGACGAGUCGAAAACUUGAAAAAAAGCUACCUGAUUUGAAAGAACAACAAGACAGUAUUAGCCUAUUUGAUUCUAUUGAUUUUCAUCUAACUCAAUCGAAUCUCUUAGAAUUAGAAGAUCCAGAAUCAAAGUUGCCAUCUAUACAUAAUUUUCCAAGUAGUAAAGCAAAAAAUCCAGAUAAUUGGCAAAACUCAAACUUGCCAACAAGUUGUACAGAGAGAAAGCAGAAAAAGAUUAAAUUGCAUCACACGAAAUACUCUUGGGACGAUACUACACCUGUUAUUAAGAGAGUCAAGUCUUUUUCUCAGAAAGAUAAGCACGGCUAUUCGCACGAUUGCAAUUACAAGAAGUUAUUACGAAAGAAUAUGCAAGCCUUCAUAUCGGUAAGAAAUGAAUAA